AAUACUUUUAACUAAAAUAACAGUUAAAACUACUUUUGCCCAAUAGAGCUGGUUAAAAGUACUUUUGACUAAGUGAUUCCGUCAAAAGUAGUUUUGACUGGUUGUAUCAGUCAAAACUCUUAAAAAGUUAAGGUGGUCGAUAAAAAUAACGACAAACGCUCGUAAAUAAACUUUUAUAUUACUCAUCAUUUGUGGAUAACGUGCUGAUAUUAGAAUCAAAAUGAGUGAGUAUGAAAAGAAAGAACGCUUUUUGCAAAGAAUUUUAGCGUUAGAAGAUAUGAAAGAUAGUCAUUUUAAUGUUAUGACAAAAGAAAAAUUUGAAAAGUUUGCAAUGGAUGUGGAAGACGCGAAAUUUGAUGAAAAGAAAACACCAUUACAGUACAGUAGACUAAAACGCUUCAACAUCAUUGAAGUUUGUGGUAUAAAAAAAUUAGUUACGAACACAGAACCUGUCAAAUAUUUUUUGCCGGCUGAGGAAAUCUACGACAUUAUUGAUGCUGCUCAUAUUUCUAUAGGGCAUGGUGGUCGCGAUAGACUUAAGAACGAAACGGCAAAAAAGUACGCUAAUGUAACAAAAGAAAUGAUUAAUAUAUAUUUGUCAAUGUGCGAAGUAUGCCAAAGGAAGAAAAGCAAGAAAAGGAGGGGUUUGGUUUCGAAACCGAUCCUGCACUCUGAAAUGAACAGCCGCUGCCAAGUCGACCUUAUUGACAUGCAGUCGCAAGAAGAUCGCGGGCAUAAAUUUAUUAUGGUUUAUCAGGAUCAUUUAACUAAAUUUGUAAUUUUGCGACCACUGACAUCAAAAAGGGCUACUGAAGUUGCAUAUCAAUUAAUGGAUAUUUUUUUGACCUUUGGAGCACCAUGUAUUUUGCACUCAGAUAAUGGCAGAGAGUUUGUUAACUCAGUUAUAAAAGAAUUAACAUCAUAUUGGCCGGAGCUAAAACUAGUAACUGGGAAACCACGUCAUAGCCAAAGUCAAGGUUCCGUGGAAAGGGCUAAUCAAGAUGUCGAAAAAAUGCUCGCAUCUUGGAUGGAAGACAAUAAAACCACUAACUGGUCGAAUGGACUAAAAUUUGUUCAAUUUAUGAAGAACAGAGCAUUUCACUCAGGGAUAAAGCAGUCUCCGUAUAAAGCAAUGUUUGGAAUGGAACCUAAAGUGGGGCUUACAACAUCUAAUCUACCUAUGGAAAUUAUAAGUGGAUUGCACAAUGAAGAAGACUUACAAGUUGCAAUCACAGAAAUGGAUCAAAACUUCGAUGAUAAUGAAGAGAACCUAGAUAAACAAGAAAAAAUUGAAACAAAAAAGACAGGUAAAGAACAAGAAGAAAAUAAGGAACAAGAAGAAAACAAAGAACAAGAAGAAAUAUUUGAACACAACAGUAACGAAUCAAUGAUAUUGGAAGCAAGAGAAAAAGCGCAUUUGAAUUUAGUAAAACAAGCAAAGAGAAUGAAAACAGCAAGCGAUCAAUCUCAUCCACCACUCAACGUCGAAGACAAUGUGACCAUACCAAUCCCAGACGUAGACAAAGGAAAGGCAGACCUUCGUAAUUUAAUUGGAGUUGUAUUAGAAGUUACUUGUGAGCAGUUAUACAGAAUUGGGACAAAGAGUGGGAUUUUAGAGAAAUUGUACUGCAGAUCCGAAUUUGAUGGCUGCAAAGAAAAAUUUAUCCGCCCGGAUGAGGUGCCCAACAAAACAGUUACAUUACGAACAGCUGCAAAGAACGCUGCUAUCGGAACAGGACAAGGUUAUGCUCGAUGUGUAUGUUCUACGGGCUGUAAAAACAACAAAUGUUUAUGCAAGAAGAAAGGAUUGCUGUGUAAUUCAAAGUGCCAUAAUAGUCUGAGUUGCAUGAAUAAAUAAUUCGUCACUAUAGACUGAUAGCCUAGUAAAGUUUAAAAAAAACACGUAUGUUGCUUACGAUGCACAAAUAAUUUGCAAUAAGUAAAACAUAUAUAAUUUACAAGGUUUCAUUAUACAAUCACGAAUUAUGUUUUGAUUUUUAAAUUUCAAUUAUAGUUAAAAAUUAUUUAA